AAAUAUUCACUGCUCGACACACCGAUACAUCAAAACACUUGAAGCAUGAGUCAACUGCCUGUGAAAAAGGAACCGACCGUGAAGUCUGAGCCGAUUGAUGUAUUUUCACCUAGUUCAUCAUUUAAUGGUGAUGCUACAGGAAGACCAUCACCAUCUGCUGCUAGUAAUGGUAAUACACCUAAUAGUAAUGGUAGCAGGCCACCAGUAGUCAAGAAAGAAGCCAAAUGGCAAGAUAUACCGUUAAAAUGUUGUACUAAAGCAGAAUUGGACGAUAUUCGUUAUCAUAUAUUACGCUUCCAAACAAAACAGGAUGUGGAUAUAAAUAAUAAUUUCACCAAGCCAGUUAGAAUGCAUAGAAAAGAUCCUAGAAAUAUACAAUUUCAACUCACAAGAGAAGAAAUUGACCGACGUAAAAGAGAUCAGGAAGCAAGAAAACUGGAAACAGAUCGAGCUCAAGAAGACGAAGCUGAUUCUCAAGCAGCUGAUGAAGUAGAUGCUGCAAGUGAUGCAGCGAAAAGAAACCAAGCAGAUAUGUCACAAGUGGCUCCCGAUGGUGGUGCUCGUAAGCCUAAAAAGAAUGUUUUUAAACGUAAAACAAAACAAAUAAAUUUAAUGGCUGAAGAGAAAAGAAAAUUAAGAUACGAAGAAUAUUAUCCAUGGGUCUUAGAAGAUUAUUCCGGUAAAAAUGUCUUUGUAGGUAAUUAUGAGGCUGGUUCUUCAGAUACUCAACAUGUAUUAUUCGUCUUUGAUAAAGAUGGUUUUAAAAUGGUUCCUGCUGAAAAAGUUUAUAAAUUUACUCCUAGAAAUAAAUACGCUACUUUAACUUUAGAAGAAGCUGAAGCUAAAAUGGAAAAAAAUGCCACUACUCCAAGAUGGUUAAUGAAACAUAUGCAUGAUAAUUCUUCUUCUGAAGGCGCUACUCCUGAUAUGAGAUUUAGACAUGCAUCUACAAAUGGUAAUGCUGCAGUUGGGGGGUCUUCUAGUCGUGGUAGAAGAAUGAGAACCGUCACUGGUGGAGAAACAAAUGAUCGUGAUUCUGAUCAUGAUGAUAUUGAUUUCGAUGAGGAAUUUGCCGAUGACGAAGAAGCUCCAAUUAUGGAUGGUGAUGAAGAAGAAAACAAAUUAUCGGAGAAAAAAAUAAAAAGGGAAAUGAUGAAGGCUGCACAUUUUGAUGGUCAAUCUGAUGCAGAUAUGGAAGAUGAUGAUGAUUUGAAUGAUUUAUUUGAAACUGAAAAAUCAAGAAAAGUCGAUAAAGAAGGUAAAAAAUUACGUAAAGUUUUAAAUAAAACAGAAGGUGGAGUUUACGAUAGUGACGAUAACGAGGAAACUAAUCCUCCUUAUGUUUCUCAAUCAGAUUUGGAAAGUGGUAAUGACAGUGAGGAUGAUGAAACAAAAGUAAAAGAAGAACCAAAUGAUUCCUUAUCAAAUGAAGUUCAAAAUGUAAGAGCUUUCACCGCUAGAAAUGUUGGUGAUGGGUUUGUGGUCAUAAAAGCUCCAAAAGAUUUCCUUAAUGGUUUCCCUAAAGGAGAAUGGAAUCCAAAUGUCAAGAAGAGACAAAUUGAGACCAAUAAAUCUCCUAAAAAGAAGGCAAAACUUGAACGUGAUUCUACUCCUUCACAAACUACCUCGCCCCAAGUUAAAAAGGAAAAACAAAGCGUUUCACCUUCUCCAACUCCUGCUGCUACCAAUCUUGCUAAUGUUGACUUGAACUCAGGCGGCCCUAAUAAUGAAUACGUCACUGUUAAAGAGGUCUUGGAUAUCGUCAGUAAUAAUCCUUUAACAACUAAAGAAUUGUUAGUCCGUUUGAGAAAUAGGGUCAACGCACACAAGGACAAUAAGCAGCGGAUCAUCACGAUUGUCAAGCAAACUCUCAAAUUAGUUGAUGGUAAGUUGGUGCUUAAAGACGAAAAUCGAUAAUUUAUUUAAUUACGAUUUUUUUUUUUUUUUUUUUU